CUUUCAUCAAUCAUCAUCAUCUUCGAAGGAGAAAAAAUUGCGAUCUACGUGUGAAAAUUUUGCUUCGUGGAAAAAGAUUAUUUUUCAUUGGUUUGAUUAGUUUUUCCUACCGAAAUAGGUGAAUUCUUCAAGGUUAUUGAUGUGGUGAACGGAAAAUAUAGAAAUUCGUCGUGGGUCUAAACAUUGACGCCUGCACAAGGUCGCGAGGUCAUCGGAUGAGCUAAAGAAUCUAGAGAACACUUCUAACCAUCGGAAUUGGAGGGGUUGGGUGUUCCUUCCAUUUACAAAAAAUAUACAAUAGUUGGAAGGAGUGUCAUUUUGAUUCGCCAGAAUGAGUGUCAUAAUACGAUUGCAAAACUUGCCCUGGUCGGCAAAUGCACUGGAUGUUCGUAACUUUUUUAAAGGUCUCUCCAUACCGGACGGCGGAGUUCACAUCGUUGGCGGCGAAAUGGGCGACGCAUUUAUCGCUUUCAGCACCGACGAAGACGCCCGUCAAGCAAUGAUGAUGAAUGGAGGUAAAAUAAAGGAAGUGCAGGUCACGCUACUUCUAUCCUCUCGUGCUGAAAUGCAGAAGGUCAUCGAGGAGGCCCGACGCACAACGGUGUCCUUUAUGCAGCUAUCUGCCCAGAGUGCUCCCGCCAUCCCGCAGCAGCCUCCGAUUAUCCCGAAAGCUGCAAUGCCGGCUGUAACAGUUGCACAACAACCCCAGCCGCCGGUUAUAAGUCUAUCGGGAUUUUUGGCGCAGAACCUUAACCAACAGAAAAAUCAGGCCAUCUAUUCGGAGAUUCCUGGUCUAGGAUAUUUGGGUGGUGGAAUGUUUCAACCUAAUGCUCCGGCGGCUGGGUUAUUUUCGGCGCUCAACGCCCAAUCAUAUAAUGCAGGGGCGUCUACAAAUGCAGCCUUCACUCAGCUUUCCGAACAGUUGAAGAAGGUUGGCGAGGCGGAAAAGGCGGCAGGAUCAAUGAAUGUGCCGGCAUCAAACUCCUCAUCACUGAAGAAGGAAUCUGGAGAAAGGAACAGUCGUAGGAGCCGGUCGAGUUCCCGUGAACGGGAUAGACGCCGUUCGUCUAGGGAUCGAUCUAGAAGUCGCGAUCGGGGUAGCAGACGACGUGGAAGAGAUCGCAGCCGUAGUCGUGAUAGAAGAAGCAGAAGCCGCAGCCGCGAUCGCCGUGAUCGCAGGCGUCGAUCACGAUCCCGCGAUAGACGCGAUGAUCGAACGAGAGAUAAAAGCCGGGAAAGGGAUCAAAAAGCAUCGUCGGAUAAGAACUCUAAGCAGAGAGGAUCUAGGUUUACUGAUCGUGGAGACAGCAAGCCGAGUUCUGAGGAAGUUGUUAAGAUUCCGAGCCCAAAACUAACGCCAACCGCACUACAACCGACGAGUUUCACUAGUCCUUGGGAUACGCCAAUUCAUAAGAAUUUGUUGAAUUUGGCUAAUUCUGGAUCGGAGAAGCCAGUCGUUCAGCCAUCGAUUCCAAGUCCUUUGCAAAGCUCAAAAGCAGCCGGAGAUGAAGUGGAAGAACGUACAGAACCGGAACAAAAGACUUUUGUACAGAAUCCGAUUCUGAGUUACCGGAUGAACUUAAUGCCAGCUGUAAACUACGGAUCGUUCCAGUCAUCGAAGCCGCUAAGCAAUGAGCAGUUAAGUAAGCUACAGCAGUUACAAACCCAGCGGGACUCGAAAAUCUUCCAAGAUUCGACGAACAUGGGUGGAAACAGACAAGGAGGGCAUUUCUCUGACGGAGAAAGCACGACUGUUGCUGGAAAUAAUAAUAAUAAUAAUAAAGGUAGAUUCGAUUUCCCGCCACGUAGGGAUGGCGGCAACAAUAGAUCUGGCGACGGUUACAGCACUGAUGGAGGGUUGAAUAAGCGAAAUCAGAGUAUGGAAGAGAGAUCAGGCAGGUAUGAUGACAUCGAGGGGCAAUCCGUAAAAAUAUCCCAUUUGCAGAAUGUUACUGGAUAUGGAGAGGUACGAAGGUUCUUCCAUGGACAGACGAUCUCAAGCAAUGGAAUAAAGAUGAUCAACGAUAAGAACGGCAGGCGAACUGGAGUGGCUCUAAUCAGAUUCAUGCGAAAGGACGGCAAGCGAUAUGCGCUCUCGCGAGAUGGCAUGAGAUUGAAAAAUUCGGUGGUUAAAAUUGAACCGAUUACGGAUCAAGAGUUCGAUGAAGCUGUUGACUCGUACCGCCCGGGCUAUGAUGAUGUUCCGAACAACUGGAGAGAAGUUAAUGCGGAUCGGUUUGAGCAAAAGGAAGAAGAUGUGAUUGAAAUUGGCGAUGAAGAUCAAGAAGGCAAGCAAGGAUCAGUUGUGGUAUGGAAUUUACCUUCUAUGACGUCGGAGGUGGAUUUGAUGAGAAUCUUUUCGGACUUCUCGGUUGUGGAGGUCCUUAUCAUAAAGAACUACAAGAAUCCGAAACAGUUGGAUGGGUACGUCAAAUUUCAUCGACUGCAGGAUGCCCGGAGAGCGUGUAAUGCAACGCAUAAGCACUACGUCCGAAACAAGCGAGUGUUCGUGAAGCAGUGUUCGGAUAUUGAGUAUGAUGCGGCCAAGAAUGAAUAUGAAGCUCCACAAGAACCGGAGCCGGUGACUGUGGAGCUGGAUGAUUCUAUUCAAGAUUCGAAUGAAUCUACUAAAGAUUCCAAGAAGCAAAAGUCGGAUGAUGAUCAAAUGGAUUUAGCAGAAGAUGAAGAAGAUGAUGAAGAUAGGUUGCAGAUCAACAUUAAUGAGCCAACUCCACAGGAUGAGCCUGAAUACGUGUUUGGAUCGCCUCCGCCUAACAUGCCAUCUGGUCUGCCAGGAACUAAGAAUAACGAAUACCAACAAGCACCGGUUAACAGAGGACCGUUGCCAAAUCAACAGUUUGACGACAAAAUUCAAGAAGAAAGUUGGGAACCAGAACAAGCUAAACAGUCUGGCCCACCGUUAAACCGUGAUCCCAGGGGUAUGGUCAACCUGAACUUUAAUCAACAGCAGCAGCAGCAACAACAACAACAGCCUCCAAAUUUACAACAACAACAGCAGCAGCAACAACAGGCUCAACAAAUAUCUCAGCUGAAUCUUGGAUUCGGUGGAGAUAUGAAUCGAGAUCCACGUCGGCGCCAAGACGCGUCGAAUCAGCAGUUUGGGAUGGAUCAGGGUAACUUUUUUGCUGAUAAUAGUCGCGACAGUUUUGGUUCACAGCACUCACAACCACGUUUUAAUCCCCAAGGUCCUCCUCCGCUUAUUGACAGUAAUCGGUUUGGUCAGCAGCAAAUGGGCCCCAUGGGUCACAAUAAUCGUUACGACCAGCAGCAGAUGGGUAACAAUCGCUACGAUCAACAGCAGCAGCAGAUGAGUAACAAUCGCUACGAUCAGCAGCAACAGAUGAAUAACAAUCGCUAUGAUCAACAGCAGCAGAUGGGUAACAAUCGCUACGAUCAACAGCAGCAGAUUAGUAACAAUCGUUAUGAUCAACAACAACAGAUUGGUAAUAAUCGCUACGAUCAACAGCAGCAGAUGGGUAAUAACAAUCAUGGCUCCAUGGGUAAUCGUUUUAAUCAGCAAAUGGAUUUCAAUCAAGGACCGCCAAUGGGUGGUAAUCGGUUUGAUCAACAAAUGGGCAACAACCAAGAAGGUUCAAUGGGCAACAAUCGUUAUCAGCAUCAGCAGCAAAUGCCCAGUGCCCAAGGCGGUCAAUACGGUAACAAUCGGUUCAAUCAGCAAACAAAUAGAAACAAUGAUGCUGACGAAAUCGCUGGAGCCAAUGAUAAGACAACUUUCAUCUUGAUCACCAAUCUGGAGUAUGCGUUACAGGAAUCCAAAAUCUACGAUUUCUUCGACCAGGAGGGAUUCAGUCCUAAACACGUUCAUAUUGUGCGUAAUAGGAAUGGUCGAUCAAUAGGUGAGUGCUUGGUAGAGUUCGAGUCACCCCAGGAAGCCGAAGAAGCGCUUUCCAAGCAUGGUGAAAUAGUCGGUAAAAGGAAAGCUUUUAUCAGACAUCUGAAUCGAAAGCAAAUUAUGGAUCAGAUGCAAAGGAUGAACAAGAAUGGACCUGGUCAAAAUUAUCAACGAGAAGGAAACACUAAUUUUGGCAGUAACAAUUUUGAUGGAAAUGAUUUUAGAAGCAACCUUGGUCGCAAUAAUUUUGGUAAUAAUGGUAAAGGAGGAUUUGAAGGAAAUGAUAAUCGCUUUAUGAAUGACAAUAGAAAUUUCCAUGAAAAUAACUUCCGGGAAAAUAACUAUCGAACAUGUCCGGAUGAAACUUUUGGCGAUAAAAGGCAAGAAGACGAUGCAAUAGUUUUGGAUGAUAACAUGGAUCAACCGCAAGAGAACGAAAAACCAGUGGUAGAGGUUGAAAAAUGUAUCGAUCAGCAAACAGUCGACAUAAAGGAAAUCGUACAGCCUAUCAAACAGGAUCAGCAGGAUGCAAGAAAUGUGGGAAACGUUUCUGUUCAGCACGGCCCUGAAAAGGAUGAUCCACCGGUGAAACAACCCGGUGCUGACUAUCUGCAACAAUCUAAAGAGAAUCAAGAUGAAGACGUUGAAGACGAGGAAGCUGAAGGGGAAGAACAUGAGGAGGAAUCAUCAGUACAUAAUGAAGACGAAAAUCACGAUGAAAACACACAGCAGGAACAACAUACGGAACUUCAACCGCAACAUCAAAUGAGAGAAUCACAGGGGCUGCAACAAUCCCAAACUACGCAUCAGCAAGAAAGUGAAAAAUCAGAAUCCACUAUGCAAGAUGAACAUGAACCGGACAUGCAACAGGAUAGCCAAUCGGAACCAAUCAAGGGUAACAUCCUUUGUUUAGGAAAUCUGCCGUUCCGGGCGAAAAACGAAGAGUUGGUCGUCUAUUUCCGCGAGUACAAUAUCACCAUAGAGGAUGUUAAGCGGCGCUAUCUGCCUGAUGGGCGGACUACGGGGGACGCGAUGGUCCGGUUCCGAAGUGCGGUGGAUGCGAAACAGGCGAUGCAGAGUCAUUACAACAGACGUAUCGGCGGACGGCCGGUUCGAAUGCGUAUUCUGGACGAUUGAGGUGUGCGAGACGAGGGUGAAUGGAAACACGCGUAAUCCGACGUUUUUGAGCGGAUUUCUUUAACCUAAGCUUAUUGCAUAAGUUAUGAGUUUUUGAUUUGAAUAAAUUAACUUUAUCUGCUACAUAUGAUAAUGAAGUCACCGAUGUACAUAUAUAACUAGAAUACAGCUAUAGUACGUUUGAAAAAUACAAAA